AUGGGUUAUUCAAUUUGGGAAAUAGUGAAGGCCUUCAUCGACGACCACUUUGAGUUCGCUGUCAACCUCUACACCCAGGCCAUCACCGUUGACUCCAACAACUCCGAGCUCUACUCUGACCGCACUCAGGCCAACAUCAAAUCCAACAAUCUCACCGGGAAAGUUGGUUCAGGGAUUUGGUCGAACAUUUUCGAUGCCAAGGCUAGAAUUGCUUUGAAUGACUACUUUGUGAAGCUUGGGACCAAGAGGGAUUUCAGCACUGCGAUUCUCGAGCGGAAGAAGGCAGUAAAUGUCCUCGUCGUCGAUGAGGCCAUCUAUGAUGACAACUCCGUCGUCACUCUCCACCCUGAGACCAUGGAGAAGCUUUAG